AUGUCGGACGUAGAGGACGCACCAGUUGACAUCCCCGCUGAGGAGGAGGUCGAGGUCACCAAGGAGGCGGAUGCCCCUAAAGGUCAGAUGAGUGUCGAAGAUGCUCUCGUUAAAGUCCUAAAGACAGCCCUCGUUCACGAUGGUCUCGCCCGAGGUCUCAGAGAGGCCGCCAAGGCCCUCGACAAACGACAGGCCCAUCUCUGCGUGCUCAACGAAGGUUGCACUGAAGAGGCUUAUGUCAAACUGAUCGAAGCACUCUGCUCUGAACACAAGAUCAACCUCAUCAAAGUCGGAGAUGGAAAACUCCUCGGCGAAUGGUGUGGUCUCUGCAAGAUCGACCGAGACGGCACAGCUCGAAAGGUCGUUUCGUGCUCUUGUGUCGUAGUCAAAGAAUUCGGACAAGAGUCGGAGGCUCUCAAUGUUUUGCUUGAUCACUUCGGUAGUCGUUAG